UAUGACUGCAAUAUCGCCUCCCCCUCCUAAUCUCGAUAUCAAGUCAAACUUUAGAAGCGUCAAAAUGAUCGAUCGACGUCGAAGUAAAGCAAAGGUCUGCUACUGUCGGUCUAAAUUCGUUGACGAAUCAAAACGACCUAGGGGACCAACUCCCUGGGGCGGAAAAUGGACUAGACUUGCUCUGCCUUUUCCUGUUACGUCGCGGAAGAAACGUCGCCAGAGGCUAAUCGCUAAACGUGUUUGGACACCGGAUAAAGAAUGGGUGGAACUAUCAGAAAAUAAGCAAUCAACACCUGACCUGUUUGAUUCGCAUGUUGAAGAAGUAGAAAAAGUAACUGAAGAGACAAGUGUUACAUUUGACGACUCCAGCUCUGAGUACGAUACAGAUGUCGAAAGGGAAUUUAAAACCGACGACCAUCCAUCAUCUUUAACCGGUCGAAACUUAUACGACUUGGUCUGCAAACGAUUCAACUUGCCCCCGAACUCAUAUUUCCGAAAGAGUAUCAUGAAUAAGAAAAUGAGAUUUCGACACAGGUGUAUGGGUCCCAAAGCCGCCAAGGCUAUCUGCAUUACUCUUUGUGCCAAUGUAACCAUUCGGGAAUUAGACUUAAGGGAUAAUGCUUUAGGAGCAGUCGGUGCAUUCUACGUAAGCGAAAUGAUGAAAGAGAAUUGUUUUAUCACCGAUCUAAAUAGUGCCAAACUAGUACAUUUGAAUCUGAAUCGUAACGAAUUCUCUGAUAAAGGCUUAUCGAAAAUCGCCGACGGUCUGCGAUACAAUACGUCCCUGAAGAGCAUAGACUUAUCUUGGAAUCAGUUCGGUAGCAAAGGUUUAAUUAAUCUAUUAGACAUCUUAAAGAAUCAUCCGUCAAUAUCAGAAAUAAAAGCGAAUUUUAAUGGAAUUGAUAACAAGUCAUUACUGUCUGUCACCGAGAUAAUCGAUAAGCAGAAAGGGAACAAUAAUUUGAAAGUUAUCGAUUUGUCUAAUAACAGAAUAACGGAUAAUGGAAUGAAUGUUUUGGCAAAAGGAUUAUCAAAUAGUAGCGAUCUUGAACAAAUGAAUCUCGCUCGUAAUCAAAUUUUUAGUAACGAAUCCAUCCUAGGGAGGGGUUUAUUAGCGGACGUGUCGUAUAUCGAUAAAUUAAACGGUGAGAAAUCGAAAAGUAAAUUACAGCCGAUCGACAUUAAGCACUCGGGAAAUGUUCGGUGCAACGGUAAAAUUCGUUUAGAACACAUCAUGGGAGGUGGAUUAGCCAGCGAUGAAAAAUCUGACAGGUUUGAGGAAAUCUUAGGUUGGAAUCAUCUGAAAUCAAUUAGUAACCAGUUUGAAAAGACAACAAUUCAAACGUUACCUAAAUCUGAUUAA